UCGGGUGAGGUUGUAGUUACUAAUCCCCAGUGACGAGAGCAAAAUCCUUAGCGCGGUGUCGCCUCCCACCACCCACGAUCUGCGUGCCGUUGGUCGCGCCCGGCGCGGGAAAGCGACCACGCCGUGCUCCGCCGCCCACGUGCGACGAUGGUGGUGGUGGUGACAGCAGGCGGACGAGCGGCGUGGAGGCUCCCUCCUCGGGCUACGCCUGGGAUAGCGCCCUACCUUUGACACGCGUUACACAGGGAGGGGCGACCGGCCCCGAGGGGUGGGUUCUCGCAUGGGGGGGCAGGGGUGGUGGUUGGUAAAAAAAAAGACAAUAAAAUAAACAAUAAAACUCACCUCUCCAUACAUAGGGCUGUGGGUUUGACAGACACUGCCUUGGCCAUGCAUAUUGGAACGCGGCGGCGCUCCGCGGGGCUGGUGCUCGCUCGGGGGCUAUGAGAGCCCGCGCAGGAGGAUGUCAUCCCCGCUCCGAGCGUCUGCCGAAAGCUGCCGGCUACACCGUUUGGUGUGGGACAACAGGACGUCCGCGCUGGAGACGGAGCUGAACAGCAGUCGGCAUGACGUGGAGGAGGUGGACCCUCGCGGGCGCACGCCUCUGCACCUGGCCGUCACCCUCGGGCACAUCGAGUGCGCCCGCCUUCUGCUCAAACACGGGGCCAAUGUGGCCGUGGAAAACCGGCAAGGAUGGUCCGUGCUGCAAGAGGCCGUGAGCACGGGUGACCCCGACAUGGUGCAGCUGAUCCUCCAGCACCGUGACUACCGUAGGGUGACGCGCCGCCUCGCCGGCAUCCCCGAGCUCAUGGCCAAACUCCGCAAGGCAACAGAUUUCUACGUGGAGAUGAAAUGGGAAUUUACAAGCUGGGUGCCUCUGGUGUCCCGCGUGUGUCCAAGCGAUGUCUACAAGGUGUGGAAGUGCGGCUCAAACCUCCGUGUCGACACUACCCUCCUGGGCUUCGAUCACAUGACCUGGCAGCGAGGGAAACGAAGCUUCAUAUUCAAAGGGCAAGACAACGGGGCGGUGGUGCUGGAGGUGGACCACGACCGCUGCCUGGUGUACGUGGAGACGCUGUCUCUGGCCGCCCCGGAGACGGACGCGCUGCUGCAGGCCGUGCGCCCCUCCGAGGCCCAGCUCCUGCUGCGCCUCUCGUCGCCCGUCGUGUCCACGCACGUCAACACCAAGAACAUCCAGUUUGAGAGGAACAAGUCCGGAAUCUGGGGGUGGAGAAGUGAAAAAAGUGAAACAAUUAACGGUUAUGAAACGAAGCACGGGGCGCGGCUGAUCGUUGUGCUGCAGGUGUACAGCGCCUCCCACGUGGAGCUGGUGACGUGCACUCGGACGGAGCACCUCUCUGACCAGGAUAAAAACAAAACCAAAGGAGUGAAAACCACCCCCCUGCAGUCGUUCCUCGGGAUUGCCGAGCAGCAUGUCGGCUCGAACAAUGUGGCACAGAUCACGCAGAUGGCGAGCCCCACCAAUCCCACGGCGAUCACGGCCGCCGAGUACUUCAACCCCCGCUUCGCGCUCGGGGGCCGCGACAUCGGACGCCCGGUGGAGCUGACCGUGAAGACGCAGCGGUUCAAGGCCAACCUGUGGCUGUGCGAGAACCACCCGCUGUCCUUGGUGGAGCAAGUGAUGCCCAUUGUCGACCUAAUGGCCAUCAGCUACACUCACUUCGCCAAGCUGAGGGAUUUCAUCACCUUAAAACUUCCCUCCGGCUUUCCCGUGAAGAUUGAGAUUCCACUUUUUCAUAUUCUGAACGCCCGCAUCACCUUUGGGAACCUCAACGGCAGCGGUGACGAGGCGCUGUCGGCAUGCGGCAGCCCCGACAGCGACAGCCAGUCGUCACCCAGCAGCGACAAUUCCAGCCUGGGCAGCAUCAACAGCUCAGGGAGUGAGAGUUGGCACAAGCCCCACAUGGCAUCCACACGUGGCAGUCGAAGCCAGCCAGCGCCGGUGUCGGCCUGGGUGAUGGACGACUCCGUGUUCGAGGUGCCCAAGGGCUACACGGUGGCCGGCCAGGCCAAGAGGCAGCCCAUGCGUGACGAGGACGACGCACUGCUUCAGUUUGCGAUCCGCCAGAGCCUGCUGGAAGCUGGCACGGAGUCCGACCAGGUUACCAUUUGGGAGGCGCUCACGAACAGCAAGCCCGGCACCCACCCACUGUCUUGCAACGAGGGAAACCAUGAGAGGCUCCGAACAAAGGCUCAGCAGGUCAAGAACAGCGCGGCUUGUACGGCGGAUGGCAGUGUCAGGAGCAGCAGCAGCAGCAGCAGCGGUGGCUGCAGCAGUCCUAUCCCAAAAACCAGCCGCAGCCGAAUCCUGUCGGCAGGUGGCAGCAACAGCCCUUGCCGCAUCUCCUCGUGGGUCAGCAACUACAGCCCCUGCAAGCUGCACUUUCGAAGCGGCGGCGGCGGCGGCGGACGUAAAAUAUCCAUCGUGGCCAACAGCAGCUGCGCCCGCGUUCUGACUGCAGCGGGCAGCGCCCAGAGCAGCCCUCGCCGUGUGUCGCCGGCAGAGGGCGGCACGAGGGACGGCGGCCCCCGCCGAGCAUCGAUCGAGGCCCGCAGCUCCAGCAGCUCCAGCAGCAGCAGCAGCGUCCAGGAGCUGCCCACGGAGGGCAGCGCGGGCAGCUCGCGCCGGGUGUCCGCGGAGGGCAGCGGUGGCGUGAGCCCGGCGCGGGGCGGUGGCAGCGGCGCGCGGGACCCGGGGCACGCCGGGCAGCGGAGAGCAGCUGACGCGGAGUAAAGGAGGGGGCAGCCGUUGUGGGAUUUGAGGGGCCCGAGUAGCCCCGAGGUGUCCCGUCUAAAGAAAUGUGCUCACCCACUGCCCGUGGUUGGCCUUUACUGAUAUCGCGCUCCGCGUUUUAUGCCGCAGCUCUGGUUAUUUUCUCGGUGUUUGUUGUUGUUGUUGACAAUCACGUUAACGUUUUCACAAUAAUAUAACGACAACGUGGCUUUUCAAUGCUGUUUCGUUUCUUACGGCACUUUGAGCCAACAAGCACUUCUCGAACCGUUUGUUGUAGUUCGCACUCGUUGCUUUGUAAAAAAAAGAUAAUAUAAUAAUUCUUGAUAGAGGUGAAAUGCAGGUGCGUUGACACCCCCAGCGUGCGUGUGGGUGUGUAAGUAACCCCCAGUAGACUGACCACCGUCAUAAACAUUCACAUUGGCCACCUUUUCCUGACUCCCACGAUUGUCCCUCUUGUUUGAGGUACCAGGUCCUGUGAAAUCUUUAAGUCUACGGACAAGAAGGAUGACAUGAUCUUGAUUUGAAGCUUUCGUGACUGCAUGAAUCCAUACUCUUUGGUUCUUUCGGUAAAGUCACGUAGGUAGAAAUUAAACAAUUUUGUUUUAUUUCUACCUCCGUGACUUUUAUCGAAAGAACGAAAGAGUAUGGAUGACAUACACACACCACUAAAAAGAAAGACACUACACAGGUACCAGAUUCUCUGGAUUAUAACAUGUACUUACCCCCCCUUUGUAUUUAAAAGCAAAGUUUGGGGGGGGGGGGGGGGGGUGGCGUGCGCUAUGUAUUUGAGUCGGUGUGCGCUUGUCUAUGUGACCAGAUUCAUCUGACCUUUUUUGACAACGGGCACACGUUUUUUGGGCGAGGCUUUCUUCCCGGAGCGUCCAGUAGUCCAGAGAAUUACAGUCGUGCACUCUCAUGAUGCGAUAUUGUGAGAUAUAUCCUCCUUCGUGCAACGUCCUGUGCUUUCUACCUCGGAAGGGUGACAACCCGAUUCAAUUCUCAAGUCCCCAUCUCCAGGAAUUUUGUAUCUUAAUUAAAAUCCACCGUUGUCUAAAUUUUCUAAACCCACUGUAGUUAAAUCCUGUGUGGUACAUUGGGACUGUUUAGCCACGAGUCAUGGACCUCAGUGUCUCCAGCCUUAGUGGAAAUCCUCAGCAGCACCACUAGGCACAACCAGCCUGGUGCCUCACCUGCAGAGCGAGUGGCUCGCAAUCAGAAGGUAUGAGUUCAGAUCCUGGUUGGAGGUUGACUCGGCCCAUCAUCCCUCCGGCAUCGAUACAAGGAGUACCACUUUAUUGGGGGAAGAUAACGGUAGGCUUCUAUGUACAGGCUUGCCCUUGCCAUAAUAAUGAGGAAUUUCCACCACUGGCUCUCGGCUGUAAACAGGAGAUGAGCAACAAAUAAAUGCCUUGACUUUGACCACUGCUCAAACCACCUAACAUACGUCGAGAUAUUGGGGUUUUGGUGCAAGUCCGUUGCAAAGCACCUCGCGUUUGCGAUAUAAAGUACUGUACACUGGAACUCAAAGCAACGUGGCAGCCACCUCUUUGAGCUAAAUUUACAUAAUUAGAUUUGCACUUAUGUAAUUGUAAAAAAAACCCGUUAAAUAUAAGGCAUUAUUGCGUAGUUAGUAGUAGUACAUAGUGGUUUAUUAUUAUUUGUUGUGGCUAUUAGCAUUUUUUGUUAUGAAUUAUUGUACUGUUACCAUGGAAAGCUGCAGUUAUGUUACAUUUACAGUGCUGAUUCAGCGAGGGACUUUGCAGGGCAGUCCCACAAACUUCAGAUGUACAGUAUUUUAACCAGUUGGGAUUGUUAUUCAGAUAAACCUAUUAUCUGUAAGAAAGAUAUGCUCCAACUACCGCAGUGUCGGACGUGCCGAGACGAUCCAACUCUUUCAUCCGUGCUGGGAUGAUACUGAUGGUGCAUUACGUGUUUUGUGUACGUGUCAACCCAUUAAUUAAAUCCACAAAUAAGCCAUAUUUUCUAAAACUACAAUUACCUUCAAAGUGACACCCCCACGUGUUUCACGAGGAUUAUUUUGACUGAGGUCAAAUUUGUGGAACCUCUCCCGAUGCUUUAUAACAUGUACAUGUUUACCAUGCUCGUAAUACCCUUUAUACAAUGCACCUAUAAGGCUGACACUCGUAAGUAAUUUCCGUAUUCUGUCAUGACAUCAAUAACAUUGCACAUAAAAUAUUCCUUUUUGUUCACUUUGAUAUUUUGGCUUCAUCCCAUAGCCAGCGGCAAUUUCAGUAGCCGACAAUUUAAUUGGCUAAUUAAGCAAUUUGUAAGACAUUCAAACAAUAAUUCCUGUUAAGCAUCCCAUAAAACCAACUGCCAGAGGUACUGCCGAUUAUUUACAGGGCUUCGCUGUGCCCUUAGCUGUCACCAGAUUUUGUUUUUAUUAAAAAAAAAUCUAUUUCAGGUUAAAACGAAAAAAAUGUGUGUUUUAAAUGUGUAGUUUACGUGCACUUACUCCUACCAUUACCACACUUAUGCUUCGUUAAACGCCGUUGGGGUUAUGCACUUGUGUUCUUUUUCUAAAGCCACAAUGGAACGAUCUUUACAAACACUUGCCAUGUCCUCAAACAGCGAUGCGACGAUGCAUUGAAUCAUCAAUUCAUAUAGAUUCUUAAGUUGACAAAACAUCCAUCGAAUCACGUUUGCAAGAAUGUUUUUCCCCUCCCGCCCCCCAUGGCCCCAUGUGUAUAUGUUGUAUGUAAUGAGUUCAUGUAACCCCCUGCAGUGACUCGUAGCCGCUACAUUCAUCACAAUGCAUCCAAGAAUCUCCAGAAUCGUGACAAUGUGCGCAAUCAUCCUGACAAUUAUUAGAAUUGUUACGCCUUCAAUGGCAGCUUUAUGAACACGGCCUAUGAUCACCUACAAUAAUAACAUCUUUGCCAGUGGUUGAUCAUAUGUGGGUGUCUAUAAUUAUUUCUAAAUCAGAACAUUCUGUUCAUAAAAAUCGGAUCCACAUCAACUGCUCCAAUUAACAAGCCACUGCUUUUCUUUAAGCCUAUGCCUAUAACCUAACUGAUCGUGGGUCUCAGAACAUCGUGUACAUCACGAUCAAUCUACUGCCGGAUGAAGGGUUGCAUUAUCAAAUAGAUCCUGCAAAAUACUUAAUUGAAUAUAAUAACAAAACAAAUUUCACAAUUAUAAUAAGUUAAUGUUCGAUUGAAACUCAGGAGGUGCUUUAUGCUCGGAGCCUUCCCGACUAUGGAGAGGAAUCUGACUUGUUGGAAAUAGAUGCAGUCAUCCAAGCUCUCACAAACAGAGGCCUAAAAUGAAAUAUAUAUGAAGCAGUUAUAAAAAUGAAAGCAUUACACGGAGAUAUAAUUAAGAAAGCAACAAAUUUAAUAUCUGAAGCUAAGUCCGACAAAGGCAUGAUUAUAUCAAAGUUAUUGACACAGACAUUUAUAAAUACCAUGUGCACAGCCCAAUGCUGUACAGAUAUCUGCUGUGCCACAUAUAACAGGUGGGAUAAUUCAAUCCCCCUGGCAAUUUUGUGAAUGGUCACAAUUCGAUUAAAGAAGCAAUUCCUUUUCAGGACACUUGAUGGAUUUGUUUUGGAAUGUGUCCUGCAAAAAAUAUUUUCUGCACACGAUUUCUGAUCCGAGAGAGAACAACUGUGCGAGGUAUCAAAUGGGACUGUUCGUCUCAUCACGGGGUACCGAUAGCACAUUUGGAACAAAUUGUAAAGAAAUAAAAAAAACACCAAAAGUUAUUUCUUGAAAAAAAAUACUAAGUUUUGUUUAACUUUAAGAAUAAUAGCACCACUAAGUGCUUGCAGGAGUGAAAUAAACGCCACUAAAUAAAACAAUCGCAAAAAAAUAAAAGCUUUGAUUCUUACAGACGAUUCAGUGCACAUGUGAGCCCAAGAAAUCUAUAUUAAAUGGAUGAUUCGAUUCAUCAUCGUUCCACCUCUACUACGUGCGCCCGCACACUGCCACGUUUUUAUAGCUGGAGAGCAUUUACGUUUUGGGUAAGACCGCGUGGUCCGAUCCUAAAAUGUUUCUCUGCCACGCACGCCUCUUGGGUUACCGUCACACAGCCAGGCAAGAUUCACGCUACAGGUCUGUGGGGUGAUAAAGAAAUGUAAAUAUUGGUCGGGACGAAAAUCUCGGAGUAAAAUCUCUUACUCAGAGCAUACGAAGCUUACCCACAAUGCCUUUUUAAUGCUGCUCGAUAUGUAAGAUUAAGUAAAAAAGUGAGAUUGUUGCAUCAAAUUCGUUUUGAGAUUCUAAAAUAUUGCACAACUUGGAAUUGGAUGUGGCGGCUUUUGUAAACCGUUUUGUUUUUUGUUCAACGUGGCUGAAUGCUAUUCGGUAGUAACUGUUGCAUAAUAACCAGUCGAAAAUACUAAAGACAUAAAUUGUGUGUCUGGCAGAAUUUAUGUACGACCUGCGGUGGCAUUUCUACACUGUUUUGUGUGAGGAAAAAAAGUUAUCCGCACAGUGUCAAUUUCGCCGAAUGAGUAACUCUACAUUCGUACUAUUGAUGGAAUAGUUAAUACACCACAAGAGUGAAUGUUUUGUAGAGUUCGACGUAUAUUAAAAAAAAUCGUAACAUUAACAGUUACACUUACAAAUAUUUGGUAUAUGGGGGAGCUAAGAGGAGUCUAAAAUCUAGGGUGGUAAGACUGCCAAAGUAUUACACUGAAUACCACAAACUGACCCUAACCAACACAAGCAACUGUUAUCAUAUGGUGGAAAAAAAUAACUCGCACUCGUCAACAACACUGCCUAUGUUCGGCAACGUUUCAGGAAAUGGCCCUUCUUCAUAGCACAUAUGGCAAUUUCCACAAAGCAAUGUCUCCACAAUUUCGCCUUCGAUAUUCCAGUGACAAAUUUGGACAUGAUCGUUGGACAACAAAACCAGUGGUAGAUGUCAAAAAUGAAACAGCACAAAGUAUAACGAAUACAAUUGUUUCGGUCUCCAUAAAAGCCAGUGUUUUAAAACACUGCAUGAAUUUUACACUUCAAUAAAUAUCGAUGCAUAAAACAAUUGCAUGACAAGCAACGCCUCACUUCAAUUUCACGCCCUCCGACAUAAUUCUGCGGCCACCACCGGUUUUGUACUUUUUUGCACUGUGGUUAUUAAAGCACACUUGCACCAGGGACGUGACUGUUAUUUGGUUUUAUGGCUAUCCGUUUUGCGUUCAUC